AAUCGAUAUUGCGCAGGCAAUGCUAUGGGCUACAUACGUUUAGUGCGCUCUGGCAGCAUACAUGCCAACUACAGCGCCAGCCUUUAUCUACCAAAGUUCGAUGAGAAUUUGCAAUUUAUGUCUGCUUGUCGCGAACAAGAAUUGCAUAAUGUUACUGUGGCGGCGGCUGAGAAUUUCGAAGCGAAUAUCAGCAAUUUAGUGAAGAGCUUCUCUGAUAGUACAGAUUACUUUAAAUUACUUGUGGAAGCAUUCCAUCCCUUCUUCCGUAAUCCACACAAUCUACAUUUGAAAAAUUUCUUUCUCAUUGUGCCGGCACUCGCUUUAAAUUAUGUGGAGCAUAUGUUGAGUGUCAAAGAGAAAAUCAAUAAGAAGGAUCGCCAUGAAGCGGUGCUAUUCAAUGAUGGCUUCGCCGUAGGUUUAGCAUACAUUUUAAAGCUAUUAAAUCAAAUCGAUGACUUCUAUGCGUUACAUUGGUUCGCAACGGUGCGUGAACGUUUCAAUGCGGAGCGUCGCAAAAUACAAGAAAUGUUGCAGGAUAUUAAAAAGUCGACUAACACACGAGGCGGCGCGAAAAGUAAGUCAAAAGCAGCGCUUGCAACACAAAACAAUGAUACGGAAAAGUUGCAACAAACGCUUGCGCUGACCGAACGCCGCAUAAAUGCACAUCAAAUGGAGUAUAAUCUGCUCUAUUGCAACUUAUGUAGCGCGAAAAUAUUUUUUCAAUAAUUAAAGUGAUACAUACGAGCAAUUGCUUGUUUUUUGCAUACAUUUAUUAUUUUAUACAUAGAAUUUGUUUUACUAUAUGUAUUGUUUAUAUAUGAAUUAUUACACUUCAAGAAAUUAGAGUAAAAUCAUUAUACACAUUUAUAUUAAUAAAAAGUCUGGUGAGAAAAAAUGCAUUUAGUCACGUAAUAUUACUAAAAUAUUUGGAAGCAUUGACAUUGAUAUGUAUGUACUUAUAUUGAAGGAGUAAGAAAUACAAUACCCUAGGCAGCCAGUUAUUGGAGUCCGGUUUUGUACACAAGUAGUUUCAUAUAUGCAAACCUAUAUUUGUAAACUUAAUUGUCGCUUCAUAGUAAGAUAAAUAUUUUGUUAAGCUGAAGAUGCUUUAUACAUUAAUUAAACGUUGCUCUUAUACCAUCCAACUAAUUCGUGCAUAGAAAAGUAUUUUCAGUCUAAGAGUGGUCUAAAAAUAUGUUGAUAAUUUUUCUUGCAUAUGUUAAUGCUUACAGAAAAGUUAUAAAAUAGAAAACAUUUGGCUACAUAUUAAAAACAACUGACGUUCAAGCUUUGGGAAGUGCUUGAGCUAAAAAAUUUUCAACAAAUGCCUUCGGUAAAAAACGCUACUUAAUGCUCCAUAAAUUACCCGUUGGUCCCUGCUGUCCUUUCUGAUCAUAAAGCUACAUAAUGGGUAUGCCAUAACCUCAAAUUUGUUCUGAUGCUUAUGAAGUUGGCUCCGGUUUAUGUUAAUAAUAGAUCCUUUAAAUUGAGAACGCCAGCUGAAUCUAUCUUGCUGCUCUCAUUAAGAAGGAUUUCGAAAAAAAGCUUCGGAUGCUUUUUGUUUUAAUCUGUUUUGUUUAGAAAUUAAGCUAAAGAUGCGUUAAUAAUACAAUGCAUAGAUACAAUAUGCAAAACUUAAUAUAAUAAAAAUAUAUGUAAUAUGUAUACGAGGUACAUUCUGCUUAAAAAGUAUAGAUAGAUAUAUAAAAAUGUUAAGUCUUUAUACGUUUGCAAUAGUUAGUCAAUGGAAGAAAAGUUUCAGUGCUUCAAGUCCACUAAAGCAAUUUUUUCAAUACCUAGCUGCGUUUUAAGGAAAGAUGUGCGAGAAUCUUUAAUCUGCUAGCAAUGCAAAGUUCUAAAAUUGUUUUGAACUGCGAACUAUAAUUAUAAAAGUAGUGUUAGAUUUGAUCGCUUGUUAAAAAAAACACACACACACACACUCCGAAUCAAAGGAUAUUUGGCUACAUCUGCUCGUGGGAUAAUUUAAGGCACUUGCUAACACAUAGUGGAAGAGUUUUUCUUAUUCAAG